AUGGUUUGUCAUGUUGACAGAGCUUUGAAAGCUAAUACCAACAACACCGAGUUUAACUAUCAUCCAAAGUGUGGGCCAUUGAAAAUCACACAUCUAGCAUUCGCGGAUGACCUGAAGUUGUUCUUGAGGGGCGACAUUAUAUCAGUGCGUAUACUGAUUGAUUGUUUGUCCAAGUUUGGAGAUUGCUCGAGACUGAAGAUGAAUACAAGUAAAUCCAACAUUUUCACAGUCGGAAUUCAGGGCGAAGAUUUGGAUGACAUCCAAGAAUUGACAAGCUCAUCAUUAUCUUACGCGGGCAGGGCUGCACUAAUAAGAUUAGUCUCACAAGGUGUCGAAUGCUUCUGGUUAUCUACAUUCCCAAUACCCGCUGCAGUCACUAUGAGGAUCACACGGCUUUGUAGGAAUUUCCUUUGGAAUUCCAAAAAACCGCUUGUUGCCUGGUCUGAAGUUUGUCUCCCCAAAAGUGAGGAAGGACUUGGAUUUCGAGAUAUAAAGUGCUGGAAUAAUGCACUAUUAGCCAAGUCGUUGUGGAACGUGCAUGCUAAAAAGGACACACUUUGGGUGCGAUGGAUCAAUCAAGUGUAUUUGGGAGGGACAUCAAUACGGGAAAGGUCACCCAAAAAGGAUGACUCACGACUUUUUAAAAAGAUAUUGUCCAUUGCACUACGCAUGAAGGAAGUUGAAGGAUCAAUCCAUACUGCCUACCAAAGAAUUUCAAUGCGAAAGCUAAGCUCUCUACCAGAGACCGAUUACAGCACAUGGAGAUCGACCAUAGAUGCAUAUUUUGUCAAGCUACAACAGAAUCAAUCCAGCAUCUUUUCUUCCAAUGUCGCACGAGUAAAGAAAUUUGGGGACAAGUCGAAACAUGGCUCGGAAUCACUAGAGCCAUGA